UGAUUGGCGGUAGCCCAUCGACGACACGAGAUAUCAGCUGCCUCAGAUCUCGUCGGUGGGUGCCAAUCACAUUCUUCGACAGUUUGUCGAUCGUCGUCAAGACAUUUCAACAGCUAGCUAGCCUGCCUAUAAAAUGCGCGCGCACGAACCUCUGUAGCACAAAUGGACCUGUGAGAAAGCAAGAAAUAAAGAUAUAUACACACAUGGCUACUACGGGCACAACAUCUAUGCCAGCACCUGUGUUUCACCCCACGGUGUGGGGGGACUACUUCAUCAAAUUUGUCCCAGAGCCAUUGCAGGUUUCAGAUGAAACGAUGGCAGAGAGAAUCAGGCAUUUGAGAGAGGAGGUAAGUGGUAUGUUCCAGGCUUGCAAGAACGUUGUGGACAAAACGAACCUAGUAGACGUGGUACAACGUCUUGGAAUAGAUCACCAUUUCGAGGAACAGAUAGCCACUGCCCUAGCCAGCAUCCACAGCGCUGGAUUAUUCAAUAGCUCAAGCCUACACGAGGCUGCCCUUCGGUUUCGCUUGCUUAGGCAGCAGGGGUUUUGGGUUCCUGCAGAUGAACUUGUCAAGUUCAUCAAGAACGAAGACGGGAGCUUUAUCGAUGGUAUAACCAAUGACCCAAAGGGCCUGUUGAGCUUAUACAACGCAGCUCACCUUGUUACUCACGACGAGGGGACGACGACACUUGAAGAUGCCAUCGCAUUUGCAAGGCAGCAUCUGGAAGCUGCUAGAAGAUGUAGUCUCAAGUCCCCUCUAGCUGAACAAGUCGGCCGUGCCCUUGGUAUCCCACUGCCAAGGACCUUAAAGAGGGAGGAAGCAAUAGCUUUUAUCCCGGAGUAUAGCUCACAACAAGAUCAACAAGUGUACAGCCCCGUGAUACUAGAGCUUGCCAAGCUAGACUUCAACCUCCUUCAGCAUCUCCAUCAAGAAGAACUCAAGGAGAUUUCUCAUACGUACGUACGUACGUACGUACUUAAUGGCAGAUGGUGGAAAGACCUCUCUGGAGAAAUCGGAUUAGGCUACGUCAGGGACCGCAUCGUCGAGUGUUACUUUUGGUCGUAUACUGUGCACUACGAGCGAGGGCAAGCGCGUGCACGGAUGAUACUUGCCAAGGUAUUCAUGUUAACGUCUUUGUUAGAUGACACUUACGAUGUGCAUGCAACUUUGGAGGAGGCCAGGGAGCUCAACAAGGCUAUUCAAAGAUGGGAUGAGAGUGAUGUUUCUCUUCUACCCGAGUACCUAAAGAAAUUCUUUGUCAAGGUGAUAAGUAACUUCAGGGAGUUUGAGGAUGAGUUGGAGUCACAUGAAAAGUAUCGUAAUGUUUACAAUAUUAAAGGGUUCCAAACAUUAUCCAAACAUUAUCUCCAAGAAGCAGAAUGGUUUCAUCAUGGCUGCACUCCAAGCUUCAAAGAUCAAGUGAAUGUUUCUGUCAUAACGGGGGGCGCUCAGGUACUAAGCAUUGGUUUGCUUGUUGGCAUGGGUCAUGAGGCAACCAGAGAGGCAUUCGAGUGGGCCAUCGGUGACACUGAUGCUAUAUGGGCUUGUGGAGAGGUGUCACGUUUCAUGGAUGACAUGUCAGCGUUCAAGAAUGGUAGGAACAAAAUGGAUGUCGCCAGUUCUGUGGAGUGCUACAUCAAGGAGCACAAUGUCCCUAGCGAGGUCGCCCUGGCAAGGAUAAAUUCCUUGGUUGAAGAUGCAUGGAAGACCAUAAAUCAAGCACCAUUUAAGUACCCUGCUCUAUUCCCGGUUGUGCAACGAGUUACCAGCCUAGCAAAGAGCAUGACACUGCUGUUCCUCGAUAAGAGGGAUGCGUACACAUACAGCAAGGACUUUCAAACGACACUGGAGACCCAUUUCGUAAGACAUAUUCCGCUAUAGUACUAGGUUGUGGCGAGUAGAUCAUGUACGUGGCGUGGCUGUUUAUAGAGUGGAGUUUGAAAUAAAAUAUGAGCUGCCAGAGAUAACCUUAGAAAGCAAAAUCUAUGGUGUGUGUGGCUGACAUCUAAUAAUCUUUUUGUUUUCGUCUACCAUAUGUAUUAUUUUUUCAUAAGGUAUCCGGAAUCUGUAUUAUGUCUGAUGUUAGAAACAUAUUUAUAUAACGCUUUUCAGAGCCUAA